AUGGCUCCUCCGACCUUCAAGCCUGCGAUGGUGGAGCAGCUCUUCCAGUCUGUCUGGGCAGCGAACGCGGCGACUGCAGCCGAUACGAUUGCUGCUGAAAGUAGUGAAGAGGAAGAACUCUUUGAUUCUGCACCAAUAGUCAGUGCAGCUGCUGCGGCCUCUCGCGUGCGGAAGAUUCACACAGAUGCCGUGACGCUCAGCGCUGAGAUGCUGCGACUUUUUGUGGUAGAGGCGGUUCGCCGCGCACAAAUGGAGGCCAUGGUUGAUGAUAGUGAGCAGUAUCCGAAGCGACAGAAUUGCCUAGGCCAAGAAGAGGAUGCUGACGCUGAACAAGAGUGGGAGGCUGCAAAGAUAUCAGUCGUGGAUGAGCUUAGUGUCUACAGUGCUGUUAAACAUGUCGUAGACCACUGUGCGCUCCUAGCGAUCAUUUGGGAAGAUGCAGACGUUUUGAGUGGCUGCGUAGCAGAAACUUUGUAA